AUGACGAAGACAAUGGUGAGAGUUUGUUUUGCGGAAAGCGUGGCGGAUAUAGAAGAGCUACUUAUUCAGAUUCUUUUAUUUGUUCCGACUCGAUCAGUGAUCAAGUUGAAGUGCGUCUGCAAACAAUGGCUGGCUCUCAUCUCCGACCCCGAGUUCCAACGACGUCACACCGUUCCAAACCCUAACCCUAAAAUCUCAGCUUUCUUCUGUGGCAAAAUCCGACAGAAAGUUUUCAAGUCCAUCUUGCUUGGGAGUCCGGCCGGUAAUCCCUUUAGAGCUUUUCAAGAUUCUGUUCCUGCUGGCAAAAAUUGGAGGAUUAUUCAAUCCUGCAAUGGACUCUUCCUCUGCAAUAAUAAUGAUAAUAAUCGUACAGUGUAUGUUGUUAAUCCCACAACCAACCAAUUCCGGGCUCUUUCAUCUCCAAGGGUAAGGCAAGACGUGGAUAUAUAUGGUUUUGUACGUUAUGCUUUGGCUUUUGAUCCUUCAGUAUCGCCUCAUUACAAGGUGGUCUGCGUGACUAACUCGGUGCCCACCCAUUUUUUAAAUAUGGAACGGGAAGGCGAACAACAUAAAAUAGACAUAUAUUCGUCGGAGACUGGCCGAUGGAAGCAUCUCAAUAUUCCUUUCUUCCAAAGCCCCUCUGACGAGGGUAUGCACUUUGAUGUCAAGGAGAUGGCCAUGCACUUUGAUGGCAGGAGCAGCGAGAGUUCAGUAUUCUGCAAUGGUGCGGUUCAUUGGAUAAGACGCUUGCCCAGAUUGGAAACCAGCAGAAAUAAUUAUAUUGAAUUUCAGAGACAACAGAAUGAUGUAUUCCACUACUUUAACUUAGCUGAAGAACGUUUGGAGCUGGUUGCUAGUCCCCUUCCGGUUCCCUCGCAUGUCAAAAACAUUCGCUGUAUAUGGCCGACUUUGACUCAGAGAUACUUUGGGGAGUGCGGUGGCCAUUUGUAUUUGAUUGAGAUUUUUGACCGCAACACUCAAUUAGAGGUCCUGGAGAUGGAGAGAGAAUACUCUGGGUGGUUUGCCAAGUAUCAUGUUGAUCUUAAUCCAUUGAUGGCAGCUCUUUGUCCUCGACAGGAUUGGUAUGAAUUUGUUGUCCUGGGUCUUUUUCGAGAGGCAAAAUGUGAUGAGAAUGAAGAGGAGGAUUCUUUGACAAAUCUUUGGUUGCAUAUGCAUGGAAAGGUCGUAUCUUUUGAUCUUAAGAAUACGGCCAUCAAGAAAUCUGGUUUUUUUUUAUUUGUAGGUGAUAACUAUUGCAGGGGGGUUAAUAAAUAUCUUUACAUGGACACAUUGGCUUGUGUGUGA